UUGGUCGCGCAGUAACCACGGCAACCGCGUGUUGUCUUCCGUGAACGCACAGUAGUGUCGCGCUCAGUGCGCAUGCGCCACGGAGAAAGUUGUUCAGUAGAAAACCCGGAGCUAAGCGCUAAUUUGUAGAGAAGUUGAAAUGGCGCAUUACAGAGCCUCAGAGUCGAAGCGUGAGCAGUUCAGGAGGUACCUGGAAAAGGCAGGGGUUCUGGACAGUCUCACUAAUGUGCUGGUGGCCUUAUACGAGGAGUCAGAUAAACCCAGCAAUGCCUUGGAGUUUAUAAAGCAGCACCUGUCUGCAGGAGAUCCAGAAUCCAGCCAGGUGGAGGUUCUCCAAGGGAACCUAGAGGAACUGCAGCAGAAAUAUGACCUGCUACAGGAGGAGAACCGUGAGCUCAGGAACCGGUUGCUGCAGUAUGAACCAGCUGCUGAUGAUGCAGGAGCAGAAUGACUAACAGCCUGUUUUUUUGUUUACAUUAGUUACUUUUUAUUUAUUGUUCUGAUUAGUAUUAAGAGCAAUUAUAAUGUUAAGAGCAUUAAUACUGGAUGUCAUAUGUUUUGUUAAUAAGAUGUGACAAGAAGUGAUGGAGAAUAAAACAUUCCUUUUUUGCUUUCUGUUCA